AUGCAAAUCGGCGAGAAAACAUGUUGCAUCGUCACGGGUGGUGCCUCGGGCCUUGGCGAGACUACUGCCCGCGUUCUGGCUGGGAAGGGUGCCAAGGUUGCGGUCCUGGACAUGAACACCGAGAAGGGAGAGGCUGUUGCGAAGUCUAUCGGUGGUUACUUCGUACAUGUUGAUCUGUUGAAUGAGUCCUCGAUCGAGGGCGCAGUGUCAAAGGCUGUCGACUUCCUCGGCGCAGUUCACGUAGUUGUGAACUCUGGUGGAGGCGGCAUCGCCAUACAGGUCAUCAAUCGUGCUGGCGAACCUCACGAUAUCGAG